UAUCAAUGGUGCAAAGGUUCAAGUUGUGAAUAACCCCCCUACAAAAAUCAACUUGUGUCAGCACAUGCUCUUUCCACAUGAUUUAUCCAUGCUGCACGACACACUCCUCGCUCCCACGUUCUCUCUUCUAUGGAUGUAACUAAAAUGAAUAAACAAAAAAAAAUUAUCACUCAAUAUAUUCACAUUUAGUUUCACACUUGCACAGCCAUUUCAAGACUCACGGAUAUUUGCAAGCAGAGAAGCUCCAAUCACAAGUCCUUCACUGGAGAAGCUUCAGUGAAAAUAUAUUCUUAUUAAUAUUGAUUUCUUAUCCUUAGUCGUUGUGUUUCUACAGGAUAUUGAUGGCAACAAGAUCUGUUCAACUUGUCUGCUUACUUAUUUGCUCUCUGGCUAUCAUCAAAAUUGCAUCUGCAAAAGUAAAUGAAUCAUUUAAACAAGAGAAAGGCAUAGAUCAUGCAUACUUUGUUGAGAAAACAAUUGUUCAGAAUGCUUUGUCAAAAGGAGCAGUGUGCUUGGACGGAUCACCUCCAGCAUACCAUCUUGACCGAGGAUUUGGAUAUGGAGUCAGAAACUGGAUUAUUCUACUCUCAGCUACCAAUCUUCAUUUCAGAGGUGCAAGGAUAUUUGAUGCAGUAAUUGAGGAUUUGUUAGCAAGAGGAUUAAAGGAUGCAAAGAAUGGAUCUAUCAAAGUGUUACCAAAAUCAUGCACUUCAAAAAUGAAACCAGAAUUGGUGGACAGUAUUAUAGGCUCAAAUAUAGGCGAAUGCAUUCGAGCCCGAAACUGCACUGAAAGUCAGAACAAUGACUUCAAAGAAGGAGGCCGUUGGAGUUAUAAAUAUUCAGCAGAUAAUUUCCUUAAUCUACUGCUGACAGAGAGAUGACAACCAAGAGAUUUGGUCUUUGAAAGAUAUUCCAAAAAUAAAGUUGAAGCCUUCCAAGAUGCUGCUUAAUUUUCACAUAUAUGCUUCCUUUCUGGAUUGCUUUGAAUUAGGUCAUUCUUAGUAAAUAAACUCCAUCAAUUGCUUGAUUUGUGCUGGCGGGAUUUCUUAUUGAAUGAUUGAUUCUUCUUACCAUGUAAGCCGCUAUCUUUCAGCUCUUGAUUGAUUCUUCGGAUUCUUCUUUCCUUGUUAAGUUGCUAACUUCCAGCUUUUGAUUGACUCUCUUUCCUUAUGAUCCACUGUCUUACUUUUCCUCGUGCGACAGACAUUCUUUUUUUUCCUUUUUCUUUUUGCACAAGUGAAUUGUCCUUCAUCAAUAUGAUCCUGCAAUUUUACAAGUGAUGUCAUUAUUAAAACAAGGCUAACAAUCUCCCUCCUUUUGAUGAUAAUAAUUUGAACAUUAAUUAAGGAUGAUCAACUUACGAUACUUCCCUGACAUGAGCGUGUGGAUCUUUUCCCCUUGAGUAUGUGCUCCCCCUGAAUUGAUGUUCCUCCUGAUAUAAUUCCUCACCCUCUUUUGCAUCAACAAAAAUAAAAGUACAGAAGAGAUAAUAAUAUAUGCAUAUAAGUAGCUAACUUAACCAUGGAAGCACCCGACUUAAGUAAUUAUCUAAGAUCAGAAAAAACAUAAGUCUAAGCACCAUGUAGUCGACUAAGCUACUGAGUGUUCAGAACAUCCACAAAACAUACCAAAAAAUAUAAAUUGUUAAAACAACCAUACAAAAUCA